GUUUCUAGAAACUGAACAACUGACAUGUUUCGUGUAAACAGAGAAAAUAUUUUUGUGCUAGCCGCCAGCGGACAUUUAAAUACAUUUACACCUGUAAUUUGCUGCAUACGUUAGGAGACGGCCCAGCCAUGUGCACUCCCAUAGUUGACAUGGAAAAAAUAGCCAGAGACCACGCGCGGGCCAUGCUGCCAGCAGAAGUAAAGAAAUACGCAGACAAGGUCCCCAUCUACGACUGGACAACAAUGGACGUCUAUUACGGACCGACCCAGUACAAACGAAAAGACGUGGUGCCCCAGCCCAAGGUUCACGUGCUGUAUUGCGCCAACCUAUCCAACAACACGGGCUCCGAGCAGUGCUACUCCCUGACCAACGAGAGGUACACCCUCUCCAGGUGCAAGAUCACCUACCAGAGGAACUUCAAGUACGGCGGCAAAUGCGGCGUCUCCGCGGAGCUGCCCGGCGUCAAGACUGGCAUGAAAGCUGACUUCACAGGGGAGGUGACCAAGUCUAAGGGAUCUGACGUGGAGAAGGAGCAGAAGUUGAUCUGGUCAGUUAACAGCAGGUUGAGGGUCAAGCCCAACCAGACAGCCAAGGUAGAGAUGGUCGUCAAGGAGCAGGAAUUCAACGGGGACUUUGAGCAGCUCUGCACGUUUGAUGGCUUCGUGACGCUGAUGUACGUCAACAAAAAAGACCGCGAGCCCAUCGUGUUCCUAGAGCUGACGGCUGCCGACAUACUGACCAGCUGCCACGGGUUUCACCCUGACCAUGACGGCAAGCCGACCUUUGUCAUGAAGGGCACGUGUUCAUGCAGGAUGGCCGUGGAGCAGAGCAUUUAUGUGUCAGAGUCGUCGUCGGUCUAGUCUUAGUCCAGUUUUAGUCCAGUCUAGGUCCAGUUUUAGUACAGUCUAGGUACAGUUUUAGUACAGUCUAGGUCCAGUUUUAGUACAGUCUAGGUCCAGUUUUAGUACAGUCUGUGUCCAAUCUAGAUCCAAUUUUAGCAGUCUUUGUCCAAUCUAGGUCCAGUUUUAGUACAUUCUUUGUCCAGUCUAGGUCCAGUUUUAGUGUAGUCUUUGACCAGUUUAUGUCCAGUUUUAGUACAGUUUUUGUCCAGUUUUAGUCUAGUUAGUUUUUGUUCAGUUUUAGUUCAAUAUUUGUCCAGUUGUAGUCCAGUCUUAAUCAAGUCCAUUCUUUGUACAGUCUUUGUUCAGCCCAUUCAUAGUUCCAGGUUUAGACAACUCACGUGUCUAGGUUUAGACCAUUCA